AUGGGAGAUUCUAAUUAUGCGUUCGUCGAGAGAGUGUUCUCGCCUUUCGUUGCCGUGUCGGCCAGCGAAGACGCUGAAGAGCUCUGCCUGAAGAAUGAACUAACCUUCAGCGAGCUCAUCCGACCCUUCUCCGAGAACAUUGAAGUCUCUCUGAGGGACUCAACUGGGAACUAUGUUCCCCCCGUCAAAAUCAGAAUAAAUUUCCGAGACUUGACCACAGCGACGCCACAAGCGUCGGUCGCGAAGCGUCUUCUCUCCGAAGCAGUGCAGAAAAAUCAGCCAGAUAUCGACGGAGGACCUCGAAGCACGCCGAUCACUCAAGGCCUCUACGAGGUUGACGUUUGCUCGACUACCCCGUGGUACGAUGCGUACCGAGACGCCUUCUUCCAGGGCUUGCCUGCGCUGGAGCAUGAUUUCACCCGACAUUACCUAGCUUGUGUAUUCGUCGUGAGCUCCUCGCACCAGGCACCGCAACAGCAACUCCAACAACUCAUUCAUAACUUCAAUCAAAUACAGCUGAACCUCUCGCACCAUUCGAAAUGGUUUUUCAGCGACGUGGCCCACUACUAUGUCCUGAUUCACGAUGGAAGUACAGGAGAUAAUCCGAUGGCCGAAGCAACGUUCUUAUCGAUGAAGAACCUCUACGGACAAACGAACUGCCAUAUGCUCACAAUAAAUUCGGUUACUCCGAGUCACCCGUCCCAGGACAACGAUAUCUGGACUCCUCUGAUCGAUUGCGGCUCAACCAUCGAUAAUGGGAUGCUCCCCGCGAAGAUCGAGUCGAACGGCGUCAAGAUCAUCGGGGAUCAUCCCUUAGACCCCUUGAGUCCGAUCGCAGCCCCGAUAGAGGAGCCGAUAACCCACCCCGGUGUAAAGAAACGCGGCACUUGGUUGACCACGACCGACCGCGAAAACAUCAAAACUUUCGUCAGUGAUUUCGCCUCGCAGUGCCUCGGUCCCUUCGCCGAACAGCAAUUGAAGAAUCUUAGUGAACAAGUAGCAAACAAGAAGGGGAUUCAUCGCUCGCUCGCCAAUGCAGCGAAAAGUCUUUUCGCUGGCCGGGGCAAGGCGAACAGUAACAAUCCAAAUGCUGCGAAUUCCGUCAUUUACAGUCAACAAGCACCGGAGCUCCUCGUCCGUAAACUCGGGGACUUGGCUUUCCUUUUCCAUCAAUACGAGAGCGCAUACAACGCGUACCAUGCCGCCAAGCGCGACUUCCACGGCGACCAGGCCUGGCUAUACUGCGCCGGCGCGGAGGAAAUGGCAGCCCUCAGUGUAUUCAUGCUCGGGAAAGACGGUCCCCGGCCCUAUCCCACGCAUUACUUCGAGAAUGCCAUAAACGCGUACAUGAACGUUUGCAAGCUUUCUCAGCUCGCAACACGCGCCACCCUUCUCCAUGCUGAAUGUCUCCGUUCGCUGGAGCAAUACCAAUCGUUGGCGACGCAGUUGAUCAAAAUGAUAUCGGAAGAUUCUGAUCUUCGGUCGGCGCUGCUAUUGGAACAGGCGGCAUACUGCUACCUUAAGACAGAGCCUCUGCAACUGAGGAAAUAUGCGUUCCAUAUGGUGUUGGCGGGUCAUCGCUACAGUAAAGCUGGAAUGCGUAAGCACAGUCUGAGAGCUUACCGUGAAGCAGAACAAGUCUAUAGAGGUCGGACUUGGAGCGUCGCCGAAGACCACAUACUUUUCAUCAUCGGAAGACAGUGUGCAGCUCUCGGGCGGAUCGACGAGGCUUUCCAAGCGUUCUAUGGUCUCCUCAACAAACCGAGCCAGCAGAGUGCGCAUCAGCAGAGCUUAUUCGUCAAAGAGUUCCUGACAACGGUUCGAACUCUCAGCACCAAGGAGUUCGAGAUGCCUCUCCCAAAUAUCGAUAUGAAUUCCGUGAGGACAACCCUCGGUCACGUGACUCCGAGGGACGAAUCACAAGCUACUGUGGACGACUGGCAGAAACUAGAGCAAUGCUGUUAUCUGAGAGCCACGGGUCAGAAAUCUCUUCCUUUCAAGUAUCGGAACGCGGUCGACGUACUCGACAGCAGCACGCUUAACGAUCGACACCCGGUGGCGGUACAGAACGAACCUAUCGCCGUGGACUUAUCCGUCACGAACCCCUUGCAAAUAAACCUGUGUCUUUCACAAAUCCAUCUCUGCUGGGAGCUGACGGUCGAUGGCGCGAGAAUCACUAAUUGCGAAGCUAUCGGUGAGCUACAGCAAGAGCAUAACGCGGAAGACUUCAUGGAAACCUGUCAACUGGAGUUCAUCACCCUCGAAGCCAAACAGACCAUUGUGAUAAAACUGACGCUCGUUCCAAAAUGUGAGGGCCAGCUCGAGAUACUCGGGGUUUCGUACCGGCUGUCUCUUCCCUCGCUUUCCCCCUGCCCCUCGUUGAACUCGCUGAACUCUGACAUCAUCGGCCUGACGCCGACGACGCCUUCGAGCGACUGUCAAGGCAGCCCCGUCAAGGGUUACCAGACUCUGAUCGUGAAGGGUCCUAAAGAAAAGAAUGCCAAAAAAGUUAGGAACAAUCAGUGGUACGCCGAGGACUACAGACUUCGGCCGAUUGUGGGACCGUGUAUGCCCAGCUUGAAGGUCGAGUUCGACUCUUUUCCGACUCAAAUGCUCUGCGGGGAGGUGCAGCGGUUGACUUUACGAUUGACAAACCCCGCCUCUCAAGGGCUUACGAACCUUUUUGUCGGCGUGAGGAACCCCAAGGAACUCUCUUUCGGAUCCGGCGAGUCCCGCAGCUUACCGCCGAGUCACGCGACCUACAAGGAAAUGUCUGCGAAAGGCGCUGAAGGACCCUCUGUGACUGCGUUAGAGCGAAUCGACACGAGUUACGUCACGCGAAUUCCCGGACUCAAUUCUAUCGAAUCCGGAGCUUCGGCCUCGGUUCCCGUCUGGAUCCGAGGACCCGACGUCACCGGCGAACACGAGAUCAUUCUGCUGUUCUACUACGAGCACGCCGAGAAUCCACCUGAGAGCAAAAUGCAACAUCGCGUGUGUAAAUUCAGUGCCAAGAUCACCACGAUAUCUUCGCUGGUGGUCCAUGCGAACGCCGAGUCGAGCAUCAAGGGAGACGAUGUGGGCUCGCUGCUCGUUUCCGUCCACGCGAAGAACUCCAGUGAGCUCGAAGGCUCGAAAUCAGUCGACCUGUCCCUGCUUCAAGUCACCCUGAUGUCGGAACUUUUCACGAUCGCCAGACAUCUAGACAUGCCGCCGAGGACGCCUACUCACUCUCCAGUGACAACCAUUCGGCCCAGAGAAGUUAAAGACAUCGCACUGAAACUCAAAAACGAUAAACUCAGUUUCGUGGCGCGUGAGAACGAAUCCGCGAAACAUCUCAAGAAAAUCAGUCAAUGGCCUCUGUCCAUCGUGAAGGUGGAAAGUUCCAGCACACCGUGCGCCGACUUCAUGAUGGCCAGUGCUUGUAGACUGGGCGAACUAAAAGACGAAAACGCUCCUUUGACAUCGAAAGAAAUUCUCGACAUCGAAGUCGCAAAAAUCAGAGGCACUUCGAAGAAGGAAACCCGUGACCCGUUGGACCUGACUGUGUCGAUCAUCUGGAAGGCCGCCGUAGAGCGGGACGGAGCGAUGCAAGUAGUGAUGGGACAGCAUCAAGUGAACCUGCGUCAAUUGCAUGUUACCUACACCUCGUUCCCUCACGCGCGGAACAAGAAGAACCUGCCGCCUAUCGGCGGACCUCUCCUCCUUCUCAGCAACCAGGCUCAUCUUGCGAUGCAAGCCGAUACUUCGAAGCUAGUCUCAGUAUCUCUCCUACAUUCCGAUUAUAUCCAGCACAGUUUCAAGGACAAUCCAAUGCUGAUCGUCGAGGUGACGCUCGUGUUGCACAAUCCUUCGGUGGAAUCCGAGGUCGAACUGAUGAUCUCCUGUAUGGAUUCGUUGGCUCCGAAGACUGCUCCUGCUCCUCCUCUCGGUGUGUCUUCCGGCUUGUCUUUCAACGUAUCGCCCCAGAACCAAGAUCAAAGCACAGACGACAUCGGCGGUUUCGUUUGGACCACCAAGUCACGGAUGACCACGAAACUAUCGCCGGCUCAGACGAAGAACAUCAUCCUCAGAGCGCUGUUCACUUCGACCGGGACGUUCAAUGUUGCGUCUGGUCUCUGUAUAAUCGUUAAAACCGGAGACCAAGACAAGUUGUUAUCGCCAUUCCAGAGUAUCCUGAUAGUGGACGCGACAGAUGAAAUAAGGAAGUGAUCGAUGUUGGCCUGGUAGCGUAUCUAUUUUCCGGAGAUCAUUAGCAACAAAUCGAUUUCAUAGCAAUACCAACGCAGUUUAGGAUUAUCUAGAUGAGGGUCGAAUUGAGAUUUUCCUCCGUUGCCAGUGUUGAAUCGAGGAGGUUGUACAGGAGGGUGAAGGGAAGAAUCAUCUAUGUCGAAAGCGAAAAACGCUAUGCAAAACCUUCAUCGCUCCCGAUCAGCGUCGACAGAAUAUACGGUCGCUUUCUGAAGAGCUUCGGAUCUGAAUGCCGUGGCGGUGCAAUGAUUACUCUCUCAAUUUUAUGGAUCUAGAUUAUCUUCUGAUUGAAUAGGGUUUAUCUAGUCGUUUCUCACUGUUCGCGGUUUCUUGUUUCAUUCCUACAAUUUCCGUCAUCAUUUUUUUUUCUAGAAUAUUCAGAGUCUAUCAUGAGUGGGAAAAAUAAAAGCAUUUGU